GGGCUCUGGCGGAGAGGCGUGUCGUCCAAUCAGCGGCCGAGGAACGCGAGGCCUCGAACGUUGGGACACUCCCAGGCCCCGCCCCUCGCUGUUGUUUGUGGUGUUAUCCCCGGGAGGAGGGAGAGCGGGCGAACCACAACAUUCGUCCGGUCGAGGCCGACAGAAGCAGGCUGCUUGGACUAGAGGGAGGGGAGGGAGCUCAGGCGACGAUUGCUGGGGGCUGGGAAGAAGAAGAGGAGGCGCAGGAGGCAGGCGGGCACACAGGCCGGAGAGAGGAAGAAGCCAGCUGCGUUAGGCGCCCCGCCGCUUCCCUUAGCCCUCUCGGACGUCGGACUCUCUUCUUCUCCGCUGGGCAGCCUGUGCCGGCUUCGCUUCUUCUCGCUAUGUCGGUGAAUAUGGAAGAGCUCAGGCACCAGGUCAUGAUCAACCAGUUCGUGCUGGCCGCGGGCUGCGCGGCCGACCAGGCGAAGCAGAUGCUGCAGGCGGCCCACUGGCAGUUCGAGACCGCCCUGAGCGCCUUUUUCCAAGAAUCAAACAUUCCCAGCGGCCAUCACCACCAGAUGAUGUGCACACCUAGCAACACGCCUGCUACGCCACCCAAUUUCCCGGACGCCUUGGCUAUGUUCUCCAAGCUGCGGGCCUCGGAGACCCUGCAGAGCGCUAACGGUCCCAUGACGGCCAUGGCUUGCUCCCCACCUGCAAACUUCAGCCCCUUCUGGGCCUCUUCUCCGCCCAGCCAUCAGGCAGCCUGGAUCCCCCCUUCGUCCCCUACUGCUCACAGCCUCCACCAUCUCCACCAUCCUGGGGCACAACAGGGGGGCUCCCAGCAGAAAGCUGUGGCUGCCAUGGAUGGGCAGAGAUAAGACUUUGUGCCGCUGGGGCCCGGGCUUGGGGUGCAGGGGCUUACAAGUGCUUGGGGUAGGGGUGGGUGCAGAGAAGGACAGGUUAAGGAAAGGGGGGCGGGAUGGGGUGGGCUGUUUCCUGAAGAUUGCACUGGAAAAUUUUAUAAUUUUUUUUAACUUCCUGAGCCACCCGAGGCCUUCAGGGGGGGAUUUCUCUUCAGGAAAGUCAAUAACUGGUCUUUUCUCUUUUUAAUAUAUAACUAUAAUAUAUAUAAAUAUGCAGAUAUAUCUAAUGUAUAGGAGAAUGGAGCCAGCCUUGGAGAGAGAAGGGGGAAGAUGGAGAACGCUUCUUUUGGCCCCUCUCCCCCACUUCACUUGGCCCAGAGUGGAGUGCUUGGCUCAUAACAGAUCUCUGGUGACCUGGGGCGGGGGGGGGGGGGGGCGGUGUUGGGGUGUUGCCAAUAACUAGAACAGCUGUGACAGUGGAGGAUAGGUUGAAGGAGUGCACCCCCAUUCUCUGCAUUGCUGAGGCUGUGAACCUGGAUGGUGACAGCGGCCACAGAAGAAGCCCAGCUCUCUCCUCGGGACUCCCCAGGAAUAGCGACAACAGAGAAAUGGAUUUGAGGGGCAAUGAGGACUUUGUGUACCCUCUCAAUCCGGACUCCGAAGUGCUGAUCCCAGCUCCCACUGUUGGUUCCUCUGACCUCAGACUGGAUCCAUCUCCAUCUCCCCUCCCCCCCAAUCACUGCUGCUUAGACCCUGGAGGCAGUGCUGCUCUUACUGCUGCCUCUCCCAGGGUCUCCACCCUGGUGGGGUGGAGAGGGGUGGAGCAGCCCACCUCCCGAUAAGAUUUCUCUCCUCCCCCUUCCCGGGCUGGGGCCCUGUACUGUGUUGUACAGGAGGGAUGGGGUUGGGGAGGACCUUAGCCUCUCUGCCUGAGCCACAAGUGGUGGGGGUGGCACGCUCAGUCGAGCUGGACAGGACGAGUUUGCAACCAAGGACUUUUGGUUUAGUUCCCAAAUCAGAAUCUUGCUCGUGCCAGGUUGAGGUUUUUUUAAUUAAUUUAAAAUUUUUUUAAAAAAUGAAUUUUCUAACCUCCCGUGUCUUGUGGUACUGCUCUUUCCUAUUUAUAGGUAAACCUGCCCGCGCUCCGGUGUCCUCAGACACCGGGGUGGGGCUGGAAGGGGCUGAGUUGAAUCAGGAGGAGGAGUUGGGUUGGGAAAAGUGAGGGAUCCUGAGUCAUGGGUUUGCAGAGCUGAGAAGGGACUUGUUGGGGUCACACAGUUACUCAUCUAGCUUCUUUGUUACCCCCUUUCCCCUUAAUUAAGUGACCUAAUGGAUAUUUUUUCCUCUGUGGUUAGUAGGUGAAGGGGGUGGGAUGAAAUCAAGGUUGAAGCCUUAACUGUUUAUCCUGCUCUUCCCCACCUGUCCCGUCUUGCUCUUUGUCCCUUCAGAUUAUAGUCUUUAGGCUCAAGGGGGAGGGGAGGGCAAGCUCCUGGUCAGACUGAGUGCUGGGCGGGGGAGAUAGACUUGAAGAAGUCAUGUGCUCUUACUAUAAAGGCCUAGUUCCUUGGUUAGAUGCUUCCUCUUCCCGUACCUGCCCAAGGUCCCACCCCAACUUUCCCUGCCAUCUAGCUCUGGUACCGUCAAAUUGAAGUGGCAUCUUUCUCCUAGGGGCUAGCCAGGCUUUUCUGGGAGUUUCAUCGGUAAAGUCAAGGCUUAUUUAAAGCCCUCCCCAGCCCAGUAUCCCAGGAAUAACGUGCACAAGUUAAGACAGGGCUCCCCUAAGAAGGGAAUGGGGCGG